CCCUUCGUGCGUCUGACGUCACGACGUCGAACGGGACUGUUUGUUCUGGAUUUGGGGCGAGGAAGGUCUGCGAGCGCUGACACCCGACCGAAGAAGGUGUGACACUCUAUCUGUGUGUUGUGGUUUCCUUGCCCCCACAGCGUGUCACUGACAAAAGUGUUACCUCAGGAAAUCGCCGCCUCACCAACUGAGAUAUGAUCACACAAUUGGAUUAGACCACAGCUGCACAGCAACAAACAUAGAGUCGAGUGAGGAGUGUAAUGGCCUGAGGGGGGUCCCCCCGGUCCUACCUGCCCCUGCCAGGUCCAAUCUGCCUAAACUGUCUGCUCAGUCACUGCAACCCACCAACACGAUGGGAGACGGACUGGAGGCAGGCGGCAGCCAGAACCCUCCCUCUGCCCAGCCCCCUCUCCUCUUCAACCCUCCACCACCCGAAACAUGGAACCCCUCCAAACCCAAACGACAGACCAACCAGCUACAGUACCUGCUUAAAGAGGUGUUGAAGGCAUUAUGGAAACAUCACUUUGCAUGGCCCUUCCAAGCUCCUGUAGAUGCCAUCAAACUCAAUUUGCCUGACUACUAUAAGAUAAUCAAGACCCCUAUGGACAUGGGCACGAUAAAAAAACGGCUGGAAAACAACUACUACUGGAAUGCCCAGGAGUGUAUCCAAGACUUCAACACAAUGUUCACAAACUGCUACAUCUACAACAAGCCUGGGGAUGAUAUUGUUCUAAUGGCGGAGGCCUUGGAGAAGCACUUUCUCCAGAAGAUCACAGAGAUGCCACAGGAAGAGACCGAGAUUGCUGUGGUCAGUAAGGGACGCCGAGGCAGCAGACGGGAGCCAGCUCUGAUCAGCAAGUCGGAUUCAGGCCAGGACUCAUCGUCCCCCUCCACCACCCCACACACAAGAGGCUUCUCGUCCCCUUCAAUCAACCCACAGAUCCGUGCUGCACCCACCCCUCAAGGCCCUCCCAUCCUAGCUUUGGCCCAGCCUCUUACCCAACCUCUGGUCAUGCCUCUGGUCAUGCCUCUGGUCAUGCCUCUGGCCCAGCCUCAGCCCCCACGCGUGCCUCCUACACCCACCUCCCACGCACCCCAUCUGGGACCUCCAUUUCCCCUUUCAACACCUGACGUUCUGGCCCAGGGCAUGACCUCUGUUCCCCCUCCAGUCCCAACAAUCCCAGGCCUCCAUCCUGCACCAAUGCUGCAGAGCUCCCCUGCCCUCAUCAAGCAAAGGAAGAGCCAGAAGAGGAAAGCAGACACCACCACACCCACAGCCAACGACCAGCUCAGUGAAUCACCUCCUGUCUCUGCUGAGACUCGGCCGCGCCGAGAGAGCAGUCGCCCAUCUAAACAACCCAAAAAAGAUGCAUUGCAGCCAGACUCUCAGCACCACCUGGGAGGCGGUUUGGAGACGGGAGGGACAGUUACGCAGAAGCGGCAGGAUCAGUUGCGUUUCUGCGCACGCCUAGUCAGAGAGAUGCUGUCCAAGAAACAUGUAGCAUAUGCCUGGCCCUUCUACAAGCCUGUUGAUGUAAGAGCUCUUGGCCUCCACGACUACCACGACAUCAUCAAGCACCCCAUGGAUCUCAGCAGCAUCAAGAAAAAGCUGGACAACAGACAGUACAGAGACGCUCAAGAAUUUGCAGCAGACGUCCGGUUGAUGUUCUCCAACUGUUACAAGUACAAUCCCCCAGACCAUGAUGUGGUUGGCAUGGCACGCAAAUUGCAGGACGUGUUUGAGAUGCGUUUUGCCAAAAUGCCUGAUGAGCCAGAGGAGCCCGCCCCUGUUCCCACCCCAUCAUCGGCCCUCCACCCUGCCCCCUCCACUCGACAAGCCCUGCCUCCUUCUGCUGUCUCAGAAGACGAAAGCUCCAGUUCCUCCGAAUCGGAGUCCUCCGGAGGAGACUCAGAACAAGAAAGGAAACAGCGAUUGGCUGAGUUACAGGAACAGCUAAAAGCUGUCCAUGAACAGUUAGCAGCACUCUCCCAGCCCCAAGCCAGCAAGCCCAAGAAGAAAGAGCGGGAGAGGGAGAGGGAGAGGGAGAAGGAGAAGGAGAAGGAGAAGAAGGAGAAGGAGAAAGAGAAAGAGAAGAAGAAAGAAAAGCACAAGAAGAAGAUGGGAGCAGAGGAACUUGUGGAGAACCCUCCUGCUGUGGUGCUUCAGACUUCUAAGAAAAACAAGAGCAGCAAGGAGCUAAUCAUUGCAAAGAAGGACAGGAAAAAGCCUGGUAAGAAAGAAGGAGUUAAAAAUAGCCGCCCAGCUGUGCCACCUCAGCCUGGGCCAACCCCUCUGGUCCCCUCGGCCUCUCUUGAAGCAGAGGAUGACAUGGAUGUAUUUGGGGGUGGGUCCACUGACAGGUGCAAGCCGAUGUCGUACGAGGAGAAGCGCCAGCUGAGCCUGGACAUCAACAAGUUGCCCGGCGACAAACUGGGCCGCGUCGUGCAUAUAAUUCAAACGCGCGAGCCUUCGCUGAAGAACUCCAAUCCAGAUGAGAUCGAGAUUGACUUUGAGACUCUGAAGCCCUCCACGCUGAGAGAGUUGGAGAAAUAUGUCUCCAGCUGCCUCAAGAAGAAGAAAAGGCCGUCAGUAGAGAAGUCUCUGGAAACAACUGUGACAAAGAUGAAGACAGGAUCCUCAUCUUCAGAUAGCAGCGACUCCUCUGAUAGUGAAGACUCUGAGAAUGGGCUGGUUCCCAAACAGCAGAAGAAGACCUCGUCUAACAAAGACACCAAGAGACCGCACCAGUCCCUCAGUAGCGCAGCGGGCCCAGUCGCUCCUCAGCCUCCGAUUCAGCCUCAAGUGGUCCAGUCCAAACCACCAUUUGUACCCCCUCCCCCUGUCCACGUCCCUGUCCAGUCUCUGGACUCCUCCCAGCUUUUGAGCUCUGGAUUUGAUCCUCUGGCUCAGUUCAUGAACCCUCACUUGACACAGUCGAACACAGAGCCCAAUCCAACCAUUACUACUGCCGGUGCCCCUAUUGUGUCUGGUCUCCUCAAUGCAAACGCACCCACUGGACAGACGCCCACUGAGACGCACCCUUUCCUAAACCAACAUCCCAUCCUACCUUCACCAGCGAUCCACAAUGCUCUUCCCCAGCAACCAUCACGACCUAGCAACAGAGCAGCACCACUUCCUCCAAAAAUUACACAGCCUCCCCCGUCCUCACUCCCCUCCCUCCCUCCACCCUCCUCGCCUCAGCUUCAGCCCUCGCUUCCACUAACUCUCCCCCAACCUGUCCCCCGCCCACGUGUACCUUCACCCCCAUCGCACGGCAUUUUGGGUACUCUCUCAGCGCAACCCCCUCAAGCCCUCCUGGAGGACGACGAAGAGCCGACACCCACCAGUUCCGAAAUCCCUCCCCUCAGUCAAGUUCAUAACUUCUUGCAGUCGCUCCAGGUUCGAUCCACCACACAGCCGCAGCCGCUACACUCGCACACCCAUUCGCCUGCUCAGGUCGCCUCUCAACUGAUGCCGUCGAUGCAUACGCAGGCUGUGACAACGCCCAUCCCUCCCCUGACCCAGAGACACAGCUCAGGCCACGCACAUAUGCGGCAGCCGUUCCCACAAACGCACACGUCGGUGUCACAGCAGCAGAAGGGGGUGGCCCUGCAGCAGAAAGUACAACAGAUGCAACAACAUCAACAACAGCCAUCACCACGCAGCAAAGCAGAGCCUUUCUCAACAGGUUGCAUGCGUGAGAGUCCUUCUCCCCUGAUGAUGCACUCUCCUCAGAUGCCUCAGUUCCAUACAAUGGGACAGCAGUCACCCACACAGACCAAGAAACAUGAGCAGAGGUCCAAUCUGGUGGGGGUCAAAGAAGAGAAGCCUUCCCAGUCCCCAGUUCUGCCCCCCUCACCGUUUAGCCCUGCCAUGCGUCAAGACUCACAUAAACCCGACAUCAAACACAGUGAGUACAAGAGAUUAGAUCUGAAGUCACUGGAUGGUUCUCGCCCCAUUUCCCGCCUCCCAGACUCCCCAGCACCCCCCUGCUCUCAGCAAGACAACAAAAUAAAGCAAGAGCCCAAAACUCCUAUUGCUCCUAAGAAGACACAGGAUGUGAAGUUAAAGAACAUGGGUUCUUGGGCCAGCCUGGCUCAGAGGUCCCAGUCCACACCGGCCUCCUCCGUGCGCUCCUCCAGCGACAGCUUCGAACAGUUCAGACGGGCCGCCAGGGAGAAGGAGGAGAGAGAGAGACAGCUGAAAGCACAGGCCGAACAGGCCAGGAGAGAGCAAGUAAAACUACGCCGUGAUGACGAGGACACCAUUGAGCAGGCUCGUCGAGCGCACGACGAUGCCCGCCGACGCCAGGAGCAACAGUCACCACUUGCUCCAACACCACCGGCUUCCACCCCGCCCACUCACUCCCCACAGGCCCCACCCACACAGCCACAAGCUCCACCCCCACCCCCAUCGGCUGCCCAGAACACUCCCGACCAGCAGAGGGAGAUGGCACGCCGCCGUGAGCAGGAGAGGCGCAGGAGAGAGGCGAUGGCUGACACCAUUGACAUCAACUUCCAGAGCGACCUGAUGGCCAUCUUUGAAGAGAAUCUGUUCUGAGAGGGAAAAAGCAGAUGAUAGGAGUGAGAGAAGGACCUAGAGACACACAUAAGCAAAUUUACAAACACACAUAUAUAAACCACAAUGCUCUGAUACACAUGGUCGCUGCUCACACAAAUGCACACACACAGACACAUACACAAACUUGAUAGUAACUGUCCCUUUCUCUCAGUAGUUGAAACAGCUGGCUUGUGUCAUGUGAAUGAGAGGGGGGGAAGUGAAAUUGAAAUAAGCAACCCUCUUUUCCUCCAACCUCAGAUACGUUUUGGUGUCUGGCUUGGUGUUUAUGGUUGUUGGUUCCGAGUCUUCAAGGUCGAAAACGGACAGUGAAAUAAUAAGAUAGUUGGCUCCCUCAAGGAAAACAAGAAAGACAGAAUGAAAAGGAGGGGACAGAACUUUUACAUUUAAAAAAAAAUAAUAAUAAUAAUGGUGGUGAAGAGGAGGAUUUAAUUUAAGAAAUAAGUGAAAAACCUUUUUCUCUAAUGUCUUGAGAGGAGUGAAGAGGACUUAAAAGGAACGGGUGAACAAAUUACAAACAGACAGAUCACUUUUAUUUUUGGUUUUUCCUCUCUUCUAAUCUCGUUUUUUUUUUUUUUUUUUUUUUUAUUCUUUUAAGUUGGACUUUAACUGGGAGGGGUGGGCUGGUGUGAUCUAGUUUGUCAGGUUCAGCGGUCAUCUGAGAGUCGGUUGUUUUCUCAGGACACAGUGGGAACGCAACACCCCCGGCCACAUUCACACACUUUUCUAAGACAUCUUUCCUCCCUUCACUUCCUUCUAAUUCUCUCUCCUCGGUCACUAAUUGGAGAGGCGGAGGCUUCAGGUGAUGCUCAGUGUGUGCGUGCACGUUGAACAUCCGAUGGCGACGAGGAAGGAAUGAUGGCAUUUUAAAAGUUUCAGAGUGUGUCCUUUGCCUUAGCGCUCUGGCCUGUAAACUAACAAUCAUACCCUACAAAUUAUACAUAUUAUAUAUAUAAAUAGAUACAUGAAUAUAUAUUAUAUACGACGAAAAGUCAAUGAAAAAGAACAUGAGAGGAAUUUGGAUUUCGGGGAGCAAAGCUCGUCUCUGUGUUCAUCUCUGAGCUCUGGUUUUGAUUUUGUAGAAUUUACUGUAAAGAAGAAAAAAAAAAGUUUUUUAUGAUUCUAUUGAGAGGAUUGUUUCGUCUGUCUUAUUCUCUCUCAUACCUUUUUGUUUGUUUUUUUUUUCUCAACUCUAUGCCAAAACCAAUCUAUUGAGUGCUGAAAGUUCAUUCACAUUUUUUACAUGUAAAAUGCAUCAUCUUUUCACUUUAUAUUAAAGGCUAAGUUUUUAUUGCUAUUUAAUUUUCCUUUACCCCCUUUUAAAUUCAAAGUUAUGCAGCAGUUUGCUCUGUAAUAUUCAAUAAGCGGUUCCAAACUCACUGUAUGUCACUACUUUACAAGGCCCCAUCAUUCUGUAGCUGUUCAACAUCUGCACUUAACUCUUUCAUUACUUCUUGCAUCUUCUCUUUUUAAUUAUUUCCUUUCAUCAUGUACAUGUUUUUAGUCUUUCUUAGCCAUCUCGUCCACCACUAUCUUCCUCACAGCUUCUACAGUCUGUAUAAUAGGUUCAUGUUUGUCAUCUUUAUGUCUUUUUAGUUUUUAUUUUUAAAAUGUUUUCAUCGUCCAUGAUAACUGUUUUGGGAUGUCGUGUGCCAUUGUGUUUUUCUGGAAGCGGGAGGUUUUCCGGGUUUCCUUAGGUUGGCCCAGAGAUCUGUGAGUGUUUUCAAUUCUAUAAUCACUUUUUUUUUUUAAUGUUUCAUUCAUUUCUUUUCCCUUUUCAUAUUUGAUUGUUUUGAGUUUAUUUUGUUUUCCCUUUGCUAUUUUUCUCUGAUUUAUUUUAGCCAGAACAACCUGUUGGUAUGUUGGUGAGUGAGGCAUUGAGGUCAAUAGAUUCAUCUUGUUCAGAUUAUGGAGUACAACAUCUUUUUUAAGAAAAGUAUUAAAAUAAUAUUUAAAAAAAAUCUUUAAAAA